AAAAGUGGUUUUUGAGUCCAAAGAUCAGGGCUGGUUGACCUGCCGACUGAAUGCAGGGUGUAUAAAAUCAGGGCAAGGCACAGGCUGAUAGCAGAGCCAUUACCACCAAGCCUGGAAGUACUGCCAGGGCUCAGCUGGCGGCUGACUGAGGGGCCAAGGGCAUGACGCUAGGGGCAAGCAUGGAUGUUCUCCAUGACUUUGGCAUCCGGUCCACACACUACCUCCAGGUGAACUACCAGGACUCCCAGGGCUGGUUCAUCCUGGUGUCUGUGGUCGCAGACCUGAGGAACGCCUACUACGUCCUCUUCCCCAUAUGGUUCCAUCUCCAAGAAGCCGUGGGUGUCAGACUCCUCUGGGUGGCUGUGAUUGGAGACUGGCUCAACCUCGUCUUUAAGUGGAUCCUCUUUGGACAGCGGCCGUACUGGUGGGUCCUGGACACCGACUACUACAGCAACGCCUCGGUGCCCCCGAUAAAGCAGUUCCCUGUCACCUGUGAGACCGGGCCAGGGAGUCCCUCCGGCCAUGCCAUGGGCACUGCAGGUGUGUACUACGUGAUGGUCACAGCCACCCUCUCUGUCUUUCGGGGAAAGAAAAAACCGACCUACAGAUUUCGGUGCUUGAACGUCAUUCUGUGGUUGGGAUUCUGGGCCGUGCAGCUGAACGUCUGUUUGUCGCGCAUCUUCCUCGCUGCUCAUUUCCCCCACCAGGUGGUUGCUGGAGUCUUGUCAGGCAUUGCUGUGGCUGAAGCUUUCUGCCGCACCCAGCGCAUCUACAACACCAGUCUCAAGAAGUACUCUCUCGUCACCUGCUUCCUGUUCAGCGUCGCCAUCGGGUUUUACUUGGUGCUGAAGGGGCUGGAUGUGGACCUGCUGUGGACGCUGGAGAAAGCCAAGCGCUGGUGUGAACGCCCCGAAUGGGUCCUGAUUGACAGCACACCCUUUGCCAGCCUCUUCAGGAACCUGGGCACCCUCUUCGGCCUGGGGCUGGCUCUCAACUCCGCGAUGUACCGAGCGAGCUGCAGGGGCCAGCUGGGCAGGUGGCUCCCCUUCCGCCUCGGCUGCAUCCUGGCCUCCCUGGUCUUCCUGCACUUCUUCGACUCGUUGAGACCCCCCUCCCAAAUCGAGCUGCUCUUCUACGGCCUGUCCUUCUGCAAAAGUGCGGCGGUGCCCCUGAUGGCCGCCAGUCUCGUCCCCUACUGCCUCAGCCGGGUCCUGGGCCAGCCAGGAAAGAAGUCUUUGUAAAGGACAUGCCGUUUUCAGUAUUGAAAGGCAAUGACUUGUGCCAGGAAUGGAGGGGGGUGAGGGUCUCUGCCACCUGUUCUGGGGCCAGAGGGGCUGGUCAGCUCAGGUGCUCCUGUCUUGCUGGCAAUUCCAAUGAUAUUGGGUGCUGUUUCUUUUUUAAAACCAAACACAACAACUAGUAGAUGGUAUUUGAGGGAGCCUUGACUGCUAAAACUUGGGUCAGUUCUGGAUUUUUUUUUCCCCCUCUGAAGACUUCUUCUUCUUCUAUCAGGUAUACAAAAGCGAAACUUCCAAGUAGAGCCAGACAGGGGGAGUCCAACGGAGAAUUGUCUACCAGUGCUCAAAUGGAUCAAAGAAAGAAAGAAAAAAGAGUAGCAGAGUCAAAAGGGAAGGAAGGCCAGAGGCAGGAGGAGAUUUUAGUAUCUCCCAUAGCAUGCAAGUUAGAUGCCAAACAAUACCUAAGAGGCUUUGAUUGCAUUUGAAUCUUCAGGAAAGGCACGAUUCAUGAUGGGGGACCAACUCUAAGUGUAAUUAAUAAGGGGUCAGUGGGGCCCUUUCCCUUUCUUACUUAAGUUGUUUCACUCCACUCACACCAUGUGGUCAUGGUCGUGUCUUGGCUUUCUGGAUGGCGGCAGUGACCUAGAACUUGUUCUCGGUCAGAACAUUCAGGUGGAAUGGGUUUCCCCUCUAUCACAUUUGAUCUUCCUCCCUAGCCCAGCUCUGGUUUCCCGAGGAUUUUCCACCUUCCUCCUGGGUCCUCGGAUGCCUCGUGGGUGGGGCUUCUGUGGGGCUGAUGGGAGCUCUGACACCCAGGCAGAGGGGCAAAGAGAAGGGUCAGGGUUCCUCUGGCCAGCAGGUCACUCCAAUGUUACUGCUGAUUCCUGGAGGGUACACAUGACUCCUUUCUAUCGCUCAUGUCCACUGAGAGCCUGUUGGCGCAGAAAAGUCUAGUCCUUUUCCUCCUUCUCCCAUUUCGGCUGGUUUGCAGAACAUGUCCUCAAAAAAACAAAACAAAACAAAAAAGCUGAAGCCUAUUUAUUUGAGAAGCUUUGUUUUUGCUACUAAUUAUAUAGUACCAGCAUACGUUAUAAUUAACACCAAACAUCCUGGUCAUAAAUCUUUAAGAAGAAAAAAUGUCUAUGUGCAGUAUUUUAUUAAAGGAAUGUUUUAUUUAAGA